GUUCACUUCCAAUUUACCAUCGAGCCCAGAAGCAUCUUCUCGGGCAAAACAGAAGAGAAAAUCGUGUGUGAGUCAGAGAGUGAAAGUAAAAGUGUGAAAAGAUGAAGAAGUCGCGAAGACGGAUAUUUACCUGGGAUGCGGGAGUGUCGUGAGAACAUGAUUAAUGGGCAAUUAUUGUGGCACUUUCCCAGUAUGCAUGUGGAUUUUCUGGGUCUCGGACGCGAAGAUCCGCCCAGGCUGUCUCUCAGGCGGACAUCCCUUGAGGCAUUUUGUCCACCGAGGAGUAAUCCAGCAUGUGGACAUAGCUCGGAUAAAUAUCGCACGCACGAUGGUACCUGCAACAAUCGCCUGAGACCUCAUUGGGGUGCCUCCCAGAUGCCCUAUCAAAGAUUCUUAACUCCUGACUACGAUGAUGGGAUCAGUACUCCAAGACGUGCUACAGAUGGAUCACCUCUUCCUUCUGCGAGAUUCGUGAGCCUUGUGAUCGUUGGGGCAAACCGGGAAGAGAGUCCAGUCACGCUGAUGCUUGCUCAGUGGGGACAGUUCAUUGAUCACGAUACCACAGCUACCAGACAACCAAUGAGUGUCAAUGGAUCCAUUCCUAGUUGUUGUGGAUCAUCAACCGAAAACAACCCUAAUUGCUUCCCUAUCAAAGUACCCUUCGAUGAUCCUUGGUUGGCUCCCAUCGGUAUCCGUUGUUUAGAAUUCCUGAGAUCAGCACCAACUCAGAGGAGGGACUGUACCCUUUCCUGGCGCGAACAGACCAACCAAGUCACAUCCUUUAUUGAUGCUUCAACGGUUUAUGGAAGUACCCAACGUCAGACUCAGAAUAUCCGCCUCUUCCAGAAUGGGCUUCUGCUCUUUGGGAGGGGUUCUCCGAAGGAAGAUGUAUGCCUUAGGGCUGCUCUUGCAAGUCGCUGUGUCAGAUCAGGUGAUGCCAGGAGCAAUGAACAACCUGCCCUUCUGGCUCUGCAUAUAAUCUGGGUGCAGGAGCACAACAGAAUAGCCAUGGAACUAGGAAAUCUCAAUCAUCACUGGAGCGAUGAGAAGAUCUACCAAGAAACGAGGAGGAUAAUCAUCGCUAUGAUGCAACAUAUCACGUACCGAGAAUUCCUCCCCCUAGUUCUAGGGCGUGUCGUUUGCCAGAUAUUCGGACUCAAUCUUCAGGAGAAUGGAUACUACAAAGGCUACAAUGAGAAUACCAAUCCGACAACCGCCAAUUCCUACGCUGCGGCUGCGUUCCGGUUUGGACAUUCCCUAAUUCAGGAUACCAUCAUGAGAGCUGAUCGUCACAAUUUCUUCCUACCAAAUAAUGUAUCACUUCACGAGGAGGACCAGAGGGGUGAUAUCGGUGGUCCGGGAUCUCUGCCUCGCAUCAUCAGGGGAAAUAUCAAGCAGCGAUCGAUGAAAGUUGAUGAAUUUGUUACUCCAGAGUUGACCAAUCAUCUCUUUCAAAAUCCAAAUGCCAGAUUUGGACUGGACUUGGCGGCCAUUAACAUCCAAAGAGGUCGCGAUCAUGGCCUUCCUGUUUACACAUCUUGGCGCGUAGCGUGCGGAUUGACGGCGAUCAAUGAUUGGAAAGAUCUCCAUGAUGUUAUGGGUUCAGGAACUGUCCGAAGAUUGAGGCAGGCAUAUAGAAGUGUCCAUGACAUUGAUGUAUGGGUCGGUGGAAUCUCUGAGAGACCUGUCGUUGGUGGACUUGUAGGUCCGGUAAUUGCCUGUAUUGUUGCUCAACAGUUUGUUAACUUCAGACGUGGUGAUCGAUUUUGGUAUGAAAAUGGCGGCUUCGACAGUAGCUUUACCCCAGCUCAGUUGGCAGCUAUACGAAAGACCAACCUAGCUCAAGUACUCUGUAGAUCAGCUGGUGGUGGUCAGAUGCAGCCCUUUGUCUUUCUUAUGCCAGGAAUGACAGGAAAUGAGUAUCAAACUUGUGGAACAAAAUCCCUAACGCCAAUUGAUCUUUCGCCUUGGAAAGAGAUUGAUCCCUUCCGCCAUGAUGAGGAACACUUGAAUUUGUUCGACAUUCCAGCUACACAUAUCAUGAUCAAUCCCUUCAAAGAUGACAAUUUCGUAUCUAGCAAAGUUGAACAUAUCUCCGAUAACAAUACUAAACUGACUACCGAACAGACUAUCAACAGUAAACUAGACUUGACCAACAUAACUACAGAGACUAAUCAGAACGUGACUGUUAGUGACAAACUCGACAAACCCAAAAAGACAUUAGUUGCAAUCAAGAGACUACGAAAACCGACAAAACCUAAAAAGAAACGACCUCACCAUAGACGCGUUGACGACUUACUUUUUAAGAACGAAGACAACGCAACGGUUUACGUAGGGAACAAACCACUGACUGUCGAUGAGGGAGGAGAGAAAUCAAUACGGGACUUUUUACUUUCCCUAACGCCACGUCCCUUCCAAAUUGAGAUUAACAUCAAACGGACAGAAUCGACUAAGGCACCACCUGACAUGACUACGCCUACGUACGCUUUGAGACCAGAAGUUAGACCGACCUAUACUACCACACAUAAACCUUUCGGUAACUUUGAUAAGGACAAGGAAUCCUUCAUAUCACUACCUCAGACUGGUUCUUCUCCAUUCAGUUAUGACAUGACCACAAAACCCCAUCGAGAAGACGAAAACUUACUUCAUACGGACGUAGACCCUGGACCUAUCUUUACGACAUACAGACCUAACUUACAGACAUCUUUCCAUCUGGGUGGACCUAAAAAGACUACGACAACUACGACUACUGAAACCGUAUACAUUGUCCCUCCAAACGCAGACAAAGACCCUACUUUAGACUAUCAACCUAUUCAAUCCUCACCGUCGCCCAAUCUGUCCCCCUUUUCCACUUCUGAUUCCUCUAUCUUCUGGGCAAAGAACCUAUCUCCACUACUUGAUCUCGACUCACCUGUAAAGACUAAACCCUCUGUAGAUUCCAAACUGUCCUCUGACGACUUCAAGCCCCAUAAUACGUAUGAUUUUGACGAAGACUAUGACUUUACGACCCUUCCUCCGGCUCUAAACUCUGACCUUAACGAAAAUGACGAUAUCUCACCGGACAAGAUUCCCUUUGACGAGGACGGAUACUUGAGACCAGAACAUAUCCAUCUAAACCAUACCAUGAAUGAUGACCAUAUUGAAAUAAUACAACUCGAGGGGGAGGAACUGACGCAAACUUCUGGGAAAGACGACUUUGUACUGCCAAUUUUUACCCAAUCAAGACUUCAAAACGAUUGACGUUAGCAAGAAAAAGAAGUUAGUCUUUACGGACACAUUAGCCAGAACGCCAGACUCUGACAUCAUGGCAGAAGACUCUGACGAAGUUAAAGACAAGACACUGACUGACGCUGACACUCCCCUCCUUCCUCUGGUUGUUCUUACGAGAGUCGACAGGUGACUAAAAUUAUUGAAUUCAGUAAAAAAACAUAGUUAUUCAUGGAUAUUCUUUGCAGACCUGACAACUGGGCCUUCUUCGAUGCCCCCAAGAAUAAGAAUUUGCCCUCGAAGAUGCCAUCGUUUGAGGAUAAAAGUGUGAAGUACUCAAAAGAACUUCCCAAACCCAUUCAAUUCUUUGAGGAAAUUAUCAAAAAUCACGGAUAGUUGCUGCUGCAUUCACACAAAAUAUAAAUUCACUCCCAUAUUUAUAUCACACUUAUUUAUUGUUUAUUUAUUUAUUUAUUUAUUUGUAUUUUUUAUAUACUUUAUUGCUCAAUAAAAAUAAUAUGUUUCGUUUGAUUUACAA